ACGUCACUGAAUCCCGAUUGAGCUGAUAAAAAUAUGAGUUUUCCAUUUCCUUCAUUCAGCACGAAGUAAACCUCUGGACAGAGAUAGCUCAUUUUAGGCUUUUAGCUAUAUAAUGGGAAAAAGCCAGAGCUACUUUCUUCUCCUUCUUCUUCUUCAUUUUAUUAUCGCAACUGAAGAAGCUCUAGCAUUUCCAAAGGCUUCUAAUAAUUCGGUCACGGCUGUUUUAGUUUUUGGAGACUCCACCGUGGACCCUGGGAACAAUAAUUUCAUCGCAACUAUUUUCAAGGGAAACUUCGCACCUUAUGGGAAAGAUUUUCCUAAUCAACUCCCAACAGGAAGGUUUAGCAAUGGACGCCUGACUCCUGAUUUUAUUGCUUCUUAUGUUGGUGUAAAAGAGUAUUUGCCUCCAUAUUUGGACCCAACUCUCAGCAUUGAAGAGCUUAUGACAGGAGUCAGUUUUGCUUCUGCUGGCAGUGGAUUUGAUCCUCUCACCCCACAAAUAAGCAAUGUGAUAUCCACCGAAACGCAAGUAGGGUAUUUUAAAGAAUACAAGAAAAGGCUGGAGUCUGCAAUUGGAAAGAAAAAAGCAGAAAAUCAUAUAAAGAAAGCUCUGAUUAUCAUUAGUUGUGGCACUAAUGACUUUGUUGUUAAUUAUUUAACUCUACCUAUUCGACGAAAGACCUUCACUAUUCCAGCUUACCAGCAGUUCAUCUUGCAUAAAUCUCUGCAAUUCGUACAGGAUUUGAUCGAUGAAGGAGCACGUAAAAUAAUAUUCGCAGAGUUAGCUCCAAUGGGUUGUUUGCCAGUUGUUAUCACCAUGUUCUCUAAAAAUGCAAAUAAUGCAAUUUUAGAACGAAAGUGUAUUGAUUCUUAUUCCUCCAUUGGAUCAAAAUUCAAUCAAAUGCUUCAAAAUGAGUUAAACCUCAUGCAAAAUCGAUUAGCAAAUCUCGGCGUAAAAAUUGGUAUCUCCCCUGCAUAUGGACCGUUGGAGGACGCGAUUCAAGGAAGUGGCAGAUCUGCCUUCGAUGAGGUCAGGAGUGGGUGUUGCGGAACGGGUUACCUAGAAGCAGGAAUAUUGUGCAAUCCAAAAUCACCUGUGUGUCCUGAUGCUUCAAAGUAUGUAUUCUGGGAUUCAAUACAUCCAACUGAAACCAUGUACUACAAGGUUUUCCAAGCCUCGCGUCCUACUAUUGAUUUUUUAAUAAGGGAUCCCUAAAUAUUUUAAUUGUUUUGCUCACUUUAUAUUACAGGAACAGGAAAAUAUACUGUGUAAUUGAGUAUAUGUGUCAAUUGUAUAAUGGAAUUAAAUAAAUGCUAUUUAUAUAUUAUAUA